AUGCUCUAUGAGGAGGAUGUAGUGGAAGAGGACGCAAUAUUGGAAUGGCACGACACGCUCGCGCCCGAGUCGCAGAUGCGCGCGCUUGUGGCGCCGAUUAUCGCGUGGUUGAGGGAGAGUGACGAGGACGAGGAGGAAUCUGAGAGUGGUUAG